AUGGGUAAGGUUCACGGCUCUCUCGCCCGUGCGGGUAAGGUCAAGUCUGCGACUCCUAAGGUCGAGAAGCAAGAGAAGAAGAAGGAGCCCAAGGGCCGUGCUCUGAAGCGCCUCAAGUACACCCGCCGUUUCGUCAACGUUACCAUGACCGGUGGCAAGCGGAAGCUCGAUGGAAAGGAUGCAUAUAUGCUCUUGGCGGGGAAGUUGGGAGUUUCUAGAGAGAGAGAGAACCCCCAUUCUCCGUCUGUCCGUCAGAUUUUGCAGGAGGUCCUUGGCAUCGAAAAGGCAUCAGACACUGACAAGGACAUUCGUUACAGAUGA